UCGUACCUCAGACUCACAAUCAGUAUCAGUGCAAUUCAGUGCAGUUGCAACGCAACACCAUCCAACACAAUCAACAACAAUCAACACAAUACCACACAAUACCGGUGCAUUUGCUGCAUUUACACCAUAGACACAGACAGAUCAGUGCAUGGACCUUUUGGCUAUUCACACGUGUCUACCUGGUGGUGACGCACCGAAACUGCUUAUUCCGUAUAAAGCAUCGUAGUCUGUAGUCUAUAUAGAUUUGCAUUAGUUUGUGAUCUUUUAACGACUCUACGUCCACGCGUCCAUGUCCACGACGCAGGCAGUAAACCUUGGAAUGCUUGGAAUUGGACGCGAAUCGAAAGUAAUUUUCAGUACAACUUCUCAUAAAUAUGCUGUGGUAGUAUCGCAAAACUGAGAAACGAUGAGCUUUUCCAGCGAUGAAGUAAAUUUCCUGGUAUACCGUUACCUUCAAGAAUCCGGAUUUCAACAUUCUGCAUACACAUUUGGCAUAGAGUCACAUAUAUCACAAAGUAAUAUAAAUGGAGCAUUGGUACCACCAGCAGCACUCUUGUCAAUCCUACAAAAAGGAGUAUUAUAUACUGAAGCAGAAAUAUGCAUUGGUGAAGAUGGCACUGAACAAAGGAUGGUCGAGUCCUUGUCCCUUAUUGAUGCAGUUAUGCCAGAUGUUGUUGCAUCAAGGCAAAAUCAAAUUAAUCAACAGAAACAGCAGGUGAAAACGGAAGUUCAAGAUACGAAUGGAGAAGAAGUUGUUACAUCGAACGAUGGGGUUGGGACGAACGAAAGAGGAGGAGACAGAAUGGAGAUGGAAGUGGAUGAGCAGCAACAGGGUUCGAGCAGAGGAGCUAAUGCCAGUGCCGUCGAAAUCCCGGACACGAAAGCUACGAUAUUACGUGGUCACGAAUCGGAAGUUUUCAUAUGUGCCUGGAAUCCAACGACUGAUCUCCUGGCUUCAGGGUCGGGAGACAGUACAGCCCGUAUUUGGGACAUGUCCGGUAGUUCCCAAGCCCCGAACCAACUCGUACUGCGUCACUGUAUACAAAAAGGCGGUACUGAAGUUCCAAGUAAUAAGGAUGUUACUUCGUUAGAUUGGAAGUGCGAUGGUACCUUAUUAGCAACAGGGAGUUAUGAUGGAUACGCACGAAUCUGGAAGACAGACGGUAAAUUAGCAUCCACGUUAGGCCAGCACAAGGGUCCCAUUUUCGCGUUGAAAUGGAACAAACGUGGUAAUUACAUUCUAAGUGCCGGAGUUGACAAGACAACGAUUAUAUGGGACGCGGAAAGUGGUCAAUGUACGCAACAGUUUAGUUUUCAUUGCGCGCCCGCUUUGGACGUCGAUUGGCAAACGAAUACAUCCUUUGCCAGUUGUUCUACGGACCAAUGCAUUCACGUCUGCAAGCUAAAUGUCGAUAAACCAAUUAAGAGUUUCCAAGGACACACGAAUGAAGUGAACGCCAUCAAAUGGGAUCCCCAAGGCAACUUACUGGCCAGUUGUUCCGACGACAUGAGUCUGAAAAUCUGGUCGAUGAAGCAGGACACGUGGGUGCACGAUCUUCAAGCUCACAGCAAAGAAAUAUACACCAUUAAAUGGUCUCCAACAGGGCCAGGCACUCACAAUCCAAAUAUGAAUUUAACUUUAGCAAGCGCGUCGUUCGAUUCUACUGUCAGAUUGUGGGACGUGGACAGAGGCGCAUGCAUACACACGCUUACGAAACACACCGAGCCCGUGUACAGCGUAGCAUUUAGCCCAGAUGGCAAAUUCCUAGCCAGCGGCAGUUUCGACAAAUGUGUUCAUAUUUGGUCUACUCAGAGCGGUCAACUGGUCCACAGUUACCAAGGCACCGGAGGUAUUUUCGAGGUGUGCUGGAACAGUCGAGGUGAUAAAGUUGGUGCUUCCGCAUCUGACGGUAGUGUGUUUGUUCUCGAUUUACGUAAAAUGUGAUUGCGGUCUCAAAGUAGACUGCACGUUUCGCAAACUUGUUCCAAGUUACGACCAGCAUUUCCUGGUUUAAUUCCAUUUGAUUACUUGUUAAUCAUUCUACUGGCCGCAUUAUUACGCAGUUGUUUGAACCACUUUCUGCUUGUCGCGACAAGAGAAUUCCAACAAGUAUCAAGUAAUUAGGUAUAGAAAAGUAAAGGAAACACGAAUUUUGGUAAAGCAAAGUCCGACGUUAAAAAUGUGGCUCUUUUUUAAUUAACUUCUCGAGAUUCUGUUAAGACUGUUUAGAAGAUAAAAACAAAGAAAAACGUAUUGUACAUUAAUAUUUUCAAUGGCUCUGUACAGUUUCAAACAGAUUGACAAUUAUAUUUGCAGAGAUAAAAAUAAAUAAUGAACAAAAUACUAUCUACAUUCACUGGAAGUGGAUGGGGUACGUGUUGUAAUUUUAAUAAAAAUACUAAGUAUUAUAUUUAACUCCGGUAUUGAUAAGACAUAGAUAUUCACUUCUAUUAUAUUUUAAUUGAACAAGAUGUACAACUAAACUUGCACAACAGAUUCAUUUUUGAACUUGUAUUUUAUUUUACUUUCUCAUUACACAUUGUGCAAUUAAUUAAACAAAAAAAGGUUGAAAUUAAAAUAAAUAAAUAACGACACUAAACACGCAUUAUUUUAAAUAAAUAAAACCUUUCUACAUUAAAUACAUUAUUCUCAGUACACAUUCCUUUUAACAUGUUAUAUAAUCCUCCUAACGAUAAACGUAAA